AUGACGCGAGCACCGGGAGGCGGCUGGCGGCCGCAGGGCCCCGGGGCACGCGGCGGGCACCGGGCGCCGGCACCGCGGCAGCGGCGGCGGCCGCCCCUCGCUCGACCCCGAGCGGUUCAAGCGGGCCAGGCUGCGCGUGGAGAGCGCCGUCAAGGCCCCUACCCCGUGAUCCGGAGCCUGCUGCGAGCCCGCGGCUGGGUGGAGACGAAGCUCUCGUGGGCGCAUGAGGCGGGGUGCCGGCAGCAGCGCCUCGCCGGCGGCGGGGAGCAGGCCGGCGGCGCCGAGGCCGCGGGCGACGGCGCCGAGGAAGACGAGGAGGGCGAGGAGGAGGAGGAGCGGGAUGAGGACCGCAGCGGCACCCACAGCCUCAUGUCCCAGCUGGUCCGGAACCAGCCGCCGUACUUCAUCUGGACGAGCCGCCGCGACGCCGUCGACUGCUGCCGGCUCCGCAAGGACCAGGUGGUGAACCACUACGCCAAGGCGGGCUCCUUCACCACCAAGGCCGGGCUCUGCCUCAACCUGCGAAACCUGCACUGGUUCGACCAGGCCGACGCGGACACGUUCUUCCCCCGCUGCUACCGGCUGGCGGCGGCGGACGAGAAGGAAGCCUUCAUCGAGGAUUUCCGGCUCACGGCCGCUCGCGGCCUCCUCAAAGCAGCGCUGGAGAGGGCGCGGGGGCCGGGGCAGCCCCCCGGGCCCAGCGAUGCCGCGGGUGAGCACCGCGCCGGUGCCGGGCUGCUGGAGGAGGCGCUGCGGGCCUGCGGCGAGCACCUGAGCAGCCUGCGGCACCAGGACAUCGACGGGGCGCCCCGCUCGCCCCCGCGCGCCGCCGCCCGCUGGGACCAGUUCCUGCAGGGCUACUACCAGGUGGUGCACGAGCGCGCCGCGCUGGAGGCGCCCGGGGCGCUGCUGGAGCGCAGCCGGGCCGUGCUGCGGCGCCUGGCGGCCCUGCUCCCGCAGCUCGGCAUGGAGGGCGACCGCAACGUCUGGAUCGUGAAGCCCGGGGCCAAGUCCCGCGGCAGAGGGAUCGUCUGCCUGGCCCGGCUGGAGGAGGUGCUGCGGCUGGUGGACCGCGACGCGCUGCUGGCCAGGGACGGCAAGUGGGUGGUGCAGAAGUACGUGGAGCGGCCGCUGCUCAUCUUCGGCACCAAGUUCGACGUGCGCCAGUGGUUCCUGGUGACCGACUGGAACCCGCUGACCGUCUGGUUCUACCGCGACAGCUACCUGCGCUUCUCCAGCCAGCCCUUCUCCCUGCAGAGCCUCGACACCGCCAUCCACGUCUGCAACAACGCCAUCCAGAAGCGCUGCGAGAACGCGCGGGGCCGCCACCCGCAGCUGCCCGCCGACAACAUGUGGUCGUCGCGGCAGUUCCAGGCCUACCUGGAGCAGCUGGGGCAGGCGCGCGCCUGGCCCGACGUCAUGGUGCCCGGCAUGAAGGCGGCCGUCGUGCACGCCGUGCAGGCCUCGCAGGACCUCGUGCAGUCCCGCAAGGGCAGCUUCGAGCUCUACGGCGCCGACUUUGUCUUCGGGGAGGACUUCCAGCCCUGGCUGCUGGAGAUCAACGCCAGCCCCACCAUGGCCGCCUCCACGGCGGUGACCAGCCGGCUCUGCGCCGGCGUCCAGCGGGACACGCUCCGCGUGGUCAUCGACCGCAAGGCCGACCGCAACUGCUCUACGGGCGCCUUCGAGCUCAUCUACAAGCAGGCGCCCGUGGCUGUCCCCCACUACGUGGGCACGAAGCUCCUGGUGGAAGGCUCCCCGCUAGGAAAGCCGCUGGUGCCGCCCCCGGCCAGCCCCCGGCCCCCGGCCCCCGGCCCGGCGAGCGCCCGCGUCCGCCAGCUCCCCACGCCACCCGUCCCGGGCGCGCGGGGCUCCCGCCGGCGCCGCGCGGCCGGGCUCCCUCGGCCCCCGGAGGCGGCCCCGGCGCCCCGGCCCCCCGCCGGCACGCUGCCCCGUGAGCCGGGCACCGAGCCGGCCCGGGAGAGGCCGCGGGUGCUGCCCGACGCUGCCAGCUCCUCGGAGGGGACCACGCCGCCGCCAAACCUGCUCCGGCCCCCCGCGCUCCCGGGCCCCGGCGGCAGGUAG